AGUCCGGGGGAGCUGGAAGUCAUCUGGGGUUGAUUUCAAGGCAGGACAAGCUGUCAGAGCUCAGGGGCAGAGGUGUGAAGAGGGAGAGAAGGAAAAUGUGGGAGAAGAGGAAAACAAACAUGAGGCGGUGAGAGAAGGAUAAAUCCAGAGCCGGCCGGACCGUGGUGCUGGCGCGGAAGGAGUGGAAAGGGUUGAGGAAAUCAAAGGCACGAGGGGGAAGAGUUGAAAACUGGAAGCAUGGGGUGCAUGCACAGCAGCAGGAUGAAAGAGGAUGGCCCGGGUACAGAUACAGGAGGAAUCCCCGUGAAGGCGGACCCUGAGGUGCAUCCUGGGAUCGUUCAGCUUUCACAGCUCACCAAGCCGAUGAGUCACGCCUUCACAGCGAAGAGCUUCAAGAAACGACGGGUGUGUGACGUGUGCCAGCAGAACAUUGACAACCCGGGAGCUUUCUGCAAGGAGUGCAAGAUCGUGGUCCACAAGAUGUGUGAAGCAAAGGUGCCCACCGCCUGCAUCCCCGUGCCAGAUCUGCACAGCUCCACAAAGUCAGUGUCACAGAAGAAGAGAGGCUCCUUACCAAGGAGGAAAAGCGUUGAACAGGUGAUGGAACAUGUGAUGGAGGGGCACUACGACUUCGACCUCACUUACAUCACAGAGAGAAUCAUCUCUGUCUUCUUCGUGCCAGACCUGGAGGAGCAGAGGUACCGGCAAAACCUGCAGGAGGUGGCAUCUAUGCUGAAAUCUAAGCACCAGGACAAGUUUCUGCUUCUGAAUUUAUCAGAAAAGAGACAUGACAUCACCAGACUUAACCCCAAGGUGCAGGACUAUGCUUGGCCUGAUUUGCACGCCCCUCCACUGGACAGGAUUUGUGCCAUUUGCAAGGCCAUGGAAAUGUGGCUGACCUCUGACCCUCACAACGUCGUGGUUCUCCACUGCAAAGGAAAGAAAGGAAAGACAGGGGUGAUAGUGGCAGCUUACAUGCACUACAGCAAGAUCUCAGCUGGCGCAGACCAGGCUCUCACGACGUUGGCCAUGAGGAAGUUCUGCGAAGACAAAGUCUCUUCCUCCCUGCAGCCCUCUCAGAGCAGGUACAUCUACUAUUUCAGCAGCUUGCUGUCGGGUUCCAUCAAAAUGAACAGCAGUCCUCUGUUCCUUCAUCAGAUCCUUGUUCCCUCAUUACCAAACUUCCAGUCAGGAGGAGGUUUUUAUCCUUUUCUGAAAAUCUACCAGUCCUUACAGCUGGCUUACACCUCUGGUGUCUAUGAUCCUCAGAGCUCUAGAGCAAGAAAACUGUGUGUGACCAUGGAGCCAGCUUUAUUAUUAAAGGGUGACAUUAUGGUGAAGUGCUACCACCGACGGAGCCGAGCGGCUGAGAGGGAGGUCGUGUUCAGAGUCCAGUUCCACACCUGCACAGUUCACGGAGCACAGCUGUGGUUUGGAAAGACGGAACUAGACCUGGCCUGCACAGAUGACAGAUUCCCUCCAGACGCUACGGUGGAGUUCAUCUUCGCAAACAGUCCAGAAAAACUCAAAGGUCGAGAAUACCGCAAAAACGACUCUUCUGUUAAAGUAGACUACAAAACCUCAGACCCAGUGGUCAGAUGGGAUUCCUAUGAAAACUUAAAUCUUCACCAUGAAGACAGCAUGGAAAAUAUCGCUCACACAAGAGGCCCUCUUGAUGGCAGCUUGUAUGCACAAGUGCGGAAGCGACGCGGACCAGGUGCAACUUCCUCAGCUGCUUCGCCAAAUGGAUGCCUUACUAGCAGCCCAACUGUGAAACCCCAGACCCAGUCUGCCUCCAGACCACAACCAUUCGCAUUCAAUUGUAGUCCCAGAGGCUCUGCAGUCUCUUCAGAUCGACUGAGUGAAACAUCUCUGUCGGUUGACUGUUCUGAGAAAGAAGACCCUGACUGCACACCUAGGAAAGAAGAUGUGGAAGAUAAGGCAAAGGAGAAGAGGAGACAGAGAGAGAGGGAUAGAGAAACAGCAAUUUUGGAUGAUGGAGAUCCUUCAAGUCCAGGGGUUAUGAGACAAGAGCACUCCUGCUGUGGUCAAGCAGCUGCAAGAUGUAGCAACGCAGGAUGGGAAGGGGACAGAGAUCUCUGUCUUCCCAGUGGUCGAUUUGUUGGGCAUUGCAACAGCAUUAAGAAGCAUCCAAAAAGCCAAACUCUGCCAGCCCUACCCUCCAAAUCUAUGUCUCCUCCUCCCCAAUCAGCCAUUAUGGAGCUCUGCCAUCGCCAUAGCGCUCACCCUGUAGCUGAGUUAACAUGGGAGCGCCCAAUCCAUCCUCCAUCCCUGCCCUGCCUCAACAGGUCUUGCUACCUUUACCCAACCCCAGAACAUGCCCUCGCUCACAGUCACACUUUGCCUGCUUCAAACAGAUGCUACCUCGGAGAGGAAUGUCGCCUCUUACACUAUCCCGACCAUGGAUCAUGCUCUCACCCAUCCCUCCAACCGCAGCCUGGAAGCCCUUACAGAGAGGUUUUCGUCAGUUCGCCCAAAUCUUCCUCCUACUGCCACUGUCAGGACUGCUCCAGCAGGCGAGAACAUCCAUCAACCUCAGCUAAAGUGUUCCAACAACUGCACUCAGACCAAGCUGAAAACACACACUGGCCAAAAGGAGCUGGGGUACAACGGUUGAGAGAGGCACCUCUACUUUGGGAAACAGAAAAGUCAUGGGAGCUGACAGGAAAAGCAGAACUCUGGCAAUGCAAGUCACCGCUGCCGGCAUUUCAUCUCUACCACCCUACUUUGGAGCAGGUCUCAAACCUAGAGCAGCCUAGAUUUGCUAUUGCACAGGAUCAAAACUACCCCAUUCCUCAGUCUUUGAUGGAUGUAAGGGAUGGAGCCAGCAGUGGGUACCACACCCCUCUACAGCCCCGACACUCAUGCCCUUGUGCUCCCUAUCAGUCUUCUCCAUCUGAAAGCCGUGAAAGCCGGGGUUAUGCCUCAGGAUAUCACUCUGGAUCAGCAUCACCUAUGCCAGCAAAUAGCCCGUCUCCAGGAAGGGGAAGGCUGCCUGAUAUCCCUCUGGGAUCCAGAGAUCAGUCACACACUGAGCAGCACAAAGUGGAAAAAGCCAAGACUGUUGCAGAAGAUGAUAUACCUCAAGACUCGGAGAGUAAAUCUGAUGUUCGCUGUCAGUCAAGCACCCCCGGAGGCGACUCUGAUCAUGACUACACAGUUAUUGGCCGCAGCAGCCCAACUCACACAGAAGACAGUGCGAACACUGAUAGCUCCAAUCAAAGCCUAGAGGCUGGGACCCUUUUGGAGUCUGACACAAAUGCAAGCAAACCUGUCACACCACUAUCAAACAAACAAACCCAGAGUUCAACAGUAACUGCAAAUCCUACAAAAACCUCAACAGAGCCAUUUCUGAAAGGCGAUAAUGAGCUUGCAGUUGCUGAGGUCAAAGGAAGUUCAGAUGAAAAGACCAAAUCAAACGUUUCAAACUAUGCCACUGUCAUCAUCUCUCCAGUCCAAGUCCAACUCAAUGGGACUGCCCUUCCAGUAAAUCUUUCAUCUGACUGCAGUAAAAGCUUGAACAUGAAUCCCUCUAAUAAUCUAAGUUCUAGUCUUUCCUCUCCUACCUCUUACGGCUCAACAGAUAGACAGUCUUCUCCUCAGCGCUUCAGCUCUGCUAAUGACAAAGCAGGACGAAGACUUAUCCCAGACCAAGACAUCUCAGCAGACACUAAACCCCCUUCACCUGUGCCAGAUGGAUACCAUACACCCACCUUCCCCUUAGCCUCGUACUAUUACUCAUUGCUAAAUGUUCCUCAUGUGCCAUACACUGGGUACACUGCCGUAACAAUCCCCGCCAUCCAGCCACCACUUCCCGAGAAAAAACGAUUUUCCUCCACAGCAGUGUCCCCGAACGGACAUAUUGCUUUACUCCACACUUCCUCGUGUCCUUCGCCAGGGCACCAUGUUACUUUUUCCCCUGCUGUGGGAGAUCAAAGAAGGGAAUCUGCACAACACAGCUACACGGAAGAGGCAGAGACUAGGGUCAAUUCUAAGUUUGUCCAGGACAGCUCCAAAUAUUGGUACAAACCAGGCAUCUCCAGAGACCAAGCCAUAGCCGUGUUGAAGGACAAGGAGCCAGGGGCUUUCAUCAUCAGAGACAGUAACUCAUUCCAUGGGGCUUAUGGCCUUGCUCUUAAGGUGGCCACUCCUCCUCCCAAUGCCAACAUCACUGGAAACAAAGGAGACCCUGUGGAACAGCUGGUAAGACACUUCCUCAUCGAGACAGGGCCACGGGGAGUGAAGAUCAAGGGCUGUCAGAAUGAGUCCUACUUCGGAAGCCUAUCUGCUCUAGUGUACCAACAUUCAAUAACUCCCAUCUCUCUGCCAUGUGCCCUCCGCAUCCCAGACAAAGAUUUGGUUGGGGAGCUUCAGGAGAUGCAAAGUGCAACAAAUACUAGUACUGCUGCUGACCUCCUUAAACAAGGAGCAGCAUGCAACGUGCUCUACCUGAAUUCGGUGGAAACAGAGUCUUUAACGGGGCCAGAGGCUGUUUCCAAGGCGAUCAAGUGUACGAAGGCUCUAAGUCCACGCCCAGUUCCAACAGUGGUCCACUUCAAAGUGUCUUCACAAGGGAUCACCCUGACUGACAGUAAAAGAAGAGUGUUCUUUAGGCGGCAUUACCCAAUCAGCAGCGUCACUUUCAGCAGUCUGGACCCACAAAAUCAGAGGUGGACUAAUUCUGAUAGCACAUCAAGCAAGAUGUUCGGCUUUGUGGCGAGACGUACUGGGACAACAACAGAGAAUGUGUGUCACCUGUUUGCAGAGAUGGAUCCCGAGCAGCCAGCUGUGGCAAUCGUCAACUUCAUCAACAAAGUCAUGCUAGGACCACAGCUACGAAGAUGAGCAGCAGAGUUAUUGGAAAUUAUGCACUAUUUAAGCAUCACAAGGUGCUUUUGACACAUUUUUAAAUAAGUGGGGGGUUUUUCAGAAGCUAUAUUUUUCUUUGCCUUUAUGCAGUUGAGCACUUUUGUGCAAUGUCGUGUGACUGUUUUUGUAUCACAAUCCAAUUUUAUAGAAUUUGUUUUUUUGCAGGAUGAAUUGUUUUGAAGUUCAUUUGCCAAGCAGGAAAUCGUAUGAGUUGUUGAAAAUGCCAAAGAUUGACCUAACAUUGCCAAAUGAGAUUGAAACAUGAGUUGUUUUUCCUUUUAAUUUUUUUAAGCAUGUUUGUGUGAUUUUUCUUUUUCUUUUAUAUCUUUACUGUGUUUCAGGCACUGCAUGUGGUGUACAACUAAAUAUAAAAAUCACAUCAAAGGAAACUCAUUUACCACAUAUAUUUACCUAAAAAUAGACUUUUAAAGCUAUACAGAAAGAGGUUCAUGAAUGUGGACAAUGUGGUAGAAAAGUAAGUUUCACUUUUAAAAGGCAAAGUGGUAUAAAUGCAGAUGUUUUCUGAAUGUAAUGCAAGACAGAGAAGCGUAAGUGAUUUAAAGAAAGGACUUUGUAGAAGCAUAAGUCUCAGAAAAUCAUAGAAAAAUAAAAACCUUCACACUAAAAAAUAUUUUUGACUACCUGGAAAUAAUUCAUCUUUAAACAUAGUUAUCACACAGAAAAAAAGCAUGCAAUUGAAUAUAAUAUUGCAAUUGCAUUGAUGGUUUUUUAACCCUUAUCAGAUAGAUAUAAGAUGCAUUUUAUUUCUAACACAAUCUGAUAUAACGUAUCUGAUACUGAUUUCUAAAUGUAUGGGAUAAAAGGUUCGCUUCUGUAAUUACAUGCCAUCAGUUUUAGGAAACAGAUAUGACGUUUAUAUCUGAAUUGGCUAACUUUGGAAAAUCAGCAGCAAACCCCUUCAAUAAAACUCAAAAAAAUAAGGCAACACAUUUGUGUGAGAUGAAAAUAAAUAGGAUACAAUAGCUCCAGUUAGAGUAAAAUAUACUUUGACAGGUAUCUCUUUUGAUCUUUUAUAUACAUAUCCGUGAAAGAAUUAUAUUGAGGAAUGCCUUGCAUUUCUUUGGAGAGAAAUGCAACCUAAAACCAAAGUUCUGUUUUAAUCAUUUUUCCUUAUUUUCUACAUGUAUCCCUUUGGUACUUUUAUAUGACUGACAGUAUGAUCCUUAUUUUCAUAUGGGAUGUGUAUGUUAAAAAGUAAUAUAUUUUAGGUAUUUGAUGUGUUAAAAAGAAUGAAGGGAUGAUGCAUGUCAUAUUUGACCAGAAUAUUAAACCAAGAUCCUAAAUUCAAA